AUGGGGAGGAGCCCGAGGUGCGACAAGGACGGGCUGAACAAAGGAGCGUGGACGGCUGCGGAAGACAAGAUCCUGGUGGACUACGUCAAGCUUCACAGUGAAGGCAAAUGGAGUCGCCUCUCCAGGGAAACUGGUCUGAGAAGAUGCGGCAAGAGCUGCCGGCUGCGCUGGAUGAAUUACCUGAGGCCCAACAUUAAGAGAGGGAACAUCUCACCCGACGAGGAAGAACUAAUCAUCCGGCUUCACAAGCUAUUGGGCAACAGAUGGUCGUUGAUUGCUGGAAGACUUCCGGGGCGCACGGACAAUGAGAUAAAGAACUAUUGGAACACCCACUUAGCCAAGAAGCCCGAAACGUUGAGGUCGGUCCAACUUCACUAUUCGCAACGAGAGCUGACGGUCCAACCUCGCUCGACGUCGCAGCAAGAGCAUGAGCAGGAGAGGGUGCAGGAAAGCAACGUUCGUGGAGUCCCGGAUCCAGAGCCGCAAGUUGCUCCACAGAAUGCUACUGAUGUGGAAUUGGGACCAUCCCCAGGCGGCAAUGACUUGCUGAAGCAAAUGCUUCCGGACUCGGACAUGAGCGACGGGUCGUUGUCGUUCAACUCGGAGGAGGAACCGCCGGACUUCAUGAUCGACUUCAACGUGGAAGACAUCUGCCAGAUCCUCGACUCGGAUUUCUCCAAACUAGGCGUCGACCAAGACGGCCAUGUCCCCGACGAGGAGCGAGAAAGCAAGUAUCCGUCCUAUUUAAAUCAGCACUUCGCUCCCUCCGGGGAAGCAGAGAAGGAUCUGAACGACAGCCUGCCGGCAUUCCAAUCGCUGGCGUCGCUGUUCGAAUCCGACGACGAGAAAUGGGCAGGAGACGGCGACAACGCGGACUUUGCUUUAUCUGGAAAGAAUAGUUGACGUAGCUAGCUGAGAGCUGUGUGUUAUGUAGUCUUGGAGUUGGUCGCAAUAAUCAAUCAUCAUUCACAAAACUUCGAUUCAUGUAGGGCUUAG